AUGAAAAAGUAUUGGUUUUGCAUUUCAGCUUUUUAUUUAUUUUUUAACAUACUAUCAAAAUGUAAAGAAAUAGAGAAUAGAAACCUUGAAGUUUUGGCCACCUAUAGACGAGAUGACAGCUCAGGGAAUUCUUUUAAAAACAGAGAAGCGGAAGGGAAACACGAUGUCAAAAUUAAUAACGGGGCUAAUUACAAUGAAUACUCUUUUUUAUCGUUAAAGGCUAGUUCUAUAUUUAACCAGUAUUAUGUGGCCAAGUUAAUUAAUACUAUGCUGUAUAGGGGACUGGUCACAAAGGGCAAGUUUCACAAGAAUGUUGCCAUUUAUGAGUCUCUCUCUCGUACCAACUACUUUUUCUACCUAACUGUAAUGAAUAAGAAAAAUGUGAAGAAAAUUGUCAAAUUAAUAUCUAAGGCACACGAUUCAAGGAAAAAACAUGAUGUUUUCAGGAGACAGCUAAUAGCCUACUUUGACAGCCCCCCUUUCCCACUGGACAAUACUUUUAAAGAUGAAAUGGACCAUGCACUAAUAAUAUACAAUAAAGCAAAAACUGACUCCUACUGGACCAUGGUCGACGGAUUAAAAAAUGAUGGGCUUCUCGUAGCAAGAACCUUUAUGGCCGUGUCAUUCGUCCAAAGUCUGAGAGGAAUUAUUGGACUUGUAAAUAGCAAAUUGAUAGACCUGUGUUUUUCAAGAUCCUAUCUGUACAACCACAUCGCCUCCUUUGAUAACCUGAUAAUGAACAACACUUUUGGGGUCAUCGUGUCUUAUGUGUUCAAAUCGUGGCUGCUAUUUUUUUACCCCCUCAUGGCUCCAUUCCGUGGAGCCGUGUCCUUUGCCUUAUCGUCCUUCUGCAUUACGCAGUUAAGCAAAAUAGUAUUCAUAAUCUAUAGAAAUAUCAAACGGCUCGUUCGAAUAUCCUACCGAAGGUUAUAUAGCACCAUUUUGAAGUUCAACUUGAUGAAGUUCCCAGAACUCCAGCCGUACGCCUCGAAACUGCUAUACGGAGACGCCUUAAUCUUAGUGUCCAAUAUUUGGAAAUUAUCCUACGUAAAUGUCACUGAACAUUUAACCGGAAAAAAUAUAACCCCCAUUUUGAACAACCUGUUUGAGAAAAACCUUGGCACGGGCUUUUUUGAUUUCAGUAAUUCGCUCUUUAAAUAUGUCAUAGACUCCAUGCAGGACAUGCAGUUGAUAAGUACCAAAGAGGCAAACUUGGAUAAGGAACCCCAGUACAACACGCAGACGUUCAAGAGGAUCUUGAUGAUCCUGAAGAUCACGAGAAAAUUGCUUUACUAUGAAGAGUCGUACAUGAGACUAGCCGUGGCAAAUCUUCUAACAAAAAUUUACACAUUGCUCUUCGUCAACGUAAAUUAUAUCAGCAAAAUGCCCCCCAAGGAAUUCUUUCAGGCUGACGUAGAGUCGGAAUUUAGAUACAUAUAUGAGGAUCAAACGUAUGAACUGUUUUUACAAAGAAUCUCUUCUGAUAUUAAUAGAAAGCCAUUUAUAAAAAGAAACAUUAGAAGAAUCAAUAGAGGCAGCAUAGAAUUUACUCUGUCCAUUCUCAAGAUAAAACUUCUCCACUAUAAGCCGUCAUUAAAGUUCCCAUACAGCAGCUUAUACUUCGAUGAACCUUUAAAAAAGCAGUUAAACGCUUCCAUGAAAUUGAUCAUUAUAGGAUCAACAGGAAUUAUAGCCAAUCUUGUAAAUUACGGAGAAAACUAUGACAUACUUAAAAAAUCUCCCCUAGAAUUAACUAAAAAUUUGAACCAGGCACAUAAUUACAGCACGUUUGACGUAAAAAAAAUGCUCUUCCCAUUGAACAUUUUUAUUAAUCUCUUAAUUCCUCUCUUCUUAAAUUACAACGAUAUUAUGAUAAGGAAAGAUAUAAUAGAACAUAUGGUCACUUUUUUUAACGUCAUUGUGGAUUCUAAAGAUUUAUACCUUUAUCAAUACUUAAAAAAUGUCGUAGACACUAUAAAAAAAACGGAAGCUGCCACUUUGACAGAAAUAAAUUAUGACGAAGAAAUUAAUAAAAUUAUUUUGGACGAAAUUCAUAAAGUUAUAGAUGAAGUGAAUAAUGAAAAAACCAAUUCUCUAGUUUUUCAUAGUUAUUCCAUGACAAAUAAUGAUCUUUAUCUGCACAAUAAGGAUGGACAAUUGUUUAAAUUCCUCUUCAACGAUAGCAACAAGAAAGACGCCUUUUCUAGACUUGUACACAUUAACGAUUAUAGAAACCCUUUAUCCUUUCAAGUCCCAUUAAUUAAAUUUGAGCCUUCCAACAGGAACGAUGGAAAUUUGGUUGUGGGCUCACUUUUGGACAAAUUUGAAGGAACGUUGAGGGGGUGCUAUAUGUGCCUAAAGGAGGACGACGAUUUAUUGGUUGUUGAUAUGAUUCACCAUGUUCUUUGGGCGUCAGGGGUCGAUCGAUUUAGUGCCUACAUUCUCUCCUCCAUGAUCGGAGCGGUGAAGAAAUACUUCCACCAAGGAGUCUCCUGGAAUAGAGCCCUCCUAAACAUGGGUCCAACCGAGUUCUAUGAAAUACACAGGAUAUUCAUGGAAAGGACUCCACAGGCGAAAGACAGGUCUCAAAACGUAUUUAUAAAGCGAAUUAGAAGAUAUAGAUUCAAUCUAAACCAGACAAAAUUCGCCAAAAUGUUUAAGGUAUUUUUGGAAAAUGUGUUAAGAAAGGUAAACUUUUUCAACACAGAAGAGGCCACCAUCAUUUUGAUCAUGUCAGCAUUAUAUUCUCUCUACAAGAACAUUGAAAAGCAUGAAAUUCCAACAAGUGAAACUUACAAGUUCUAUCAGCAGAAACUGAUAGAGGCAUACUACCCGGCUAAAUACUACGCCCACAACUAUGAGUCGCACACCAUCCGCUUGCUAAAGGAGAAGCAAAAGGAGUAUGCCUCCGAUGACGAAAGUGGCGACGAAAAUAAGAACGAUCAGGAUAAGAAGGAUGGAACGAUCAGUGCUUCUGAGAAAGCAGAUGGUAAAGAAGCAGAAAAGCCUCCAAAAACGCAGAAAAUGGAAGUGCAAAUCGAACUUCCCCUAGACGACGAGCUUGUGCAAAGCACCAAGUCCCUACAGCAAGAAGUAGAAUCAAGGGAAGAAGAGAGGAACAAAAUUUUAGCCGAAAUAGAGUCAAAACAUGGGCAACUGUCACAUAAGGAGAACUUCCCCCAUUUGCCCACAAAAUGUAUGUUCCUUCUUUACUACGAUUUCGCUCCCUUUAUUAAAGACAACAUAAAAGGCAUAGAACAAGUGUUCAACACUUUAGACGGAAGUCUCAUCGAUAUGAAUCACGUAAUGAAUAUAGAACGUAUACAGACGCAGAAAACCAAGUAUGCCUCAAUUGAUGAGAAAAAUUUGAUAAAUAUAUUAUGCGGUACGUAUUUAUUUUUAAAAAAGGAAAAUAUUUCCAUUGAAGAUAUGUUCAAAUACGGUAAUGCGAAUUCUGCUGUGAAGCACUUGCUGAUAAUUAUGUCCUUACUCAGAAUAGAGAAAAAAACUGACCGAUACACCUGGAAAAAAUUUUUAACUUUGGAAAAAUUCUUAGAUGAAAGGGAAAAGAUUUAUAAAACGCCCAUGAAAUAUCUGUACAUGAAAUUGUUAAAUGUGAAGAGGGUUUUUGGCUUUACCCGAAGAAAUCUGUUAAUGUCGUUUGGAAAGAGAAUUAAGGGAACCAGAUUCAUGAACAUAUUAAGAUAUACCAAAUUCUUCGAAAUUUUAGAAAAAGCUGAAUCUAUUAAUCUUAGAUAUCCACUGUUAUACAUCAAAUUUGAGGACAUAAUGACAUUCGCUAAUGUGUUCCACAAAUUUAAAUUUCCUAUUAUAAAAUACACUUCCAAUCAACAGACGCUGCGAACCAUGUUGAACCAAUUCAAGUUAUCUCCCAACACUUCAAUAAAUAAUGAGAAACUUAUACUGCGAAUUUACAGAAUUAUCAAUUUAAUAAUAAAGAAAAAGUAUGAUUAUGAUUUAAAUGAACUCAGGAAGGACAAAAAAUACCUUGAUCUCUAUGCACAAAAUAAAAGUGAUCAUAUUCUAAAUGAUAUAAAAAUUAAGCCAAUAGUGGAUCAGUACCUAUCUCAGCUAAUUGGAUUCAUAAAGAUGUUAACAGAUAUGAAAUUUACAAACUUUUUAUUUUUGAGAAAUUUUUACGUCUUCAUAAAAUUCUAUGCAGUAACGGGAGAUUUAGAUUAUUCUAUGAACAGCUCCGUCUUCUACCUGGCCAGCAGAAAUUACCUAAACUUUAUCCUUAACUCUAUCACCGAAUUUGAGAACUUUAAGAAGUUUAUAGAGAAAAUGAAAAGAAACAACGACAUCAAGAAGUACCCGAUCGACCAUUUCAACUUCCACACGGAAUGCUACGCAGUGGAUGACAUCAAAACGUAUGUCUUUAUCCCCGAAGAUAAAGAAAAAUUAAACAAAUACUAUCAAAUUAUGACGUAUGACAUUAACAGCUUCUACAAGAACUACUUAUUAAUAGACCUAUUUUACGACGACUUAGAUGUAAAAAAUUUAGAAAUCUAUUACCAAAAAAUUUCCAAUGCUACUGAUUACAAUAUCGGUCCCACGUCAAAUAUAUACAUCCCUGGUCGAACAAAAAUAAGUCAAGGCAUUCCAAACAAGGAUGUUGAGAUGCUAAACGAAACGGUGAAGAAUCAUGUUUAUCUAGAAAAAUUUCUGGACAAGACUAACAUCCCAUCCAUCCCAUUUUCCGAUUUUAACAUGGCGCGAGACAUAAAUGGAAUCACUUUUAAUUUCACCAACAGAGCUACGACACCACCUUUUUAUAAAGAAAAUAUUCUAGACCAAUUUGAUAUUAUCGGAAAAUCUAUCGUAGGGAGAUAUUACCAAAAGGUUAAGUGCUCUUUUGUUACCUACCCUUUUAAUUUGUACUACUGGCUGGUCUUGAAUCCAGGAAAACCUCGCGUAGAAACGGUAGGUAAGGUCGGACUGAUCAAGGAAGCAGAUUUAAUGUCCAAAACAGAUGAAGAAAGAGAGUUAGAAGAACACAAGAUUGAUGAACAAGUAGUGGAGGAUCUCUUUAAGGAAGAAGUGGAAGCGGCGGAAGAUGUCAUGGAACUGGACGAAAAUUUGCACCAUACAUCUGCAUCGGAAGCAGAUAUAUCAGGGUCAGAAUCCGAGGAUGAUCUUGUGGACGUUGGAAAGGAUUCUAAGCCGGAUGAAAACUCCCUGUCCCAUGUGAGCACCGCGUCUGAUUUUUCCACCGGGUCGUUGGAAAGCGUCGCCAGUACCGCCUACAAUGGAUCCACCGAUACUCUCGUAAGUGCCUCCUCCAAUGAGUCCACCGAUACUCUCAGAAGUCCCUCCUCCACUGGAUCCACCGAUACUCUCAGAAGUCCCUCCUCCACUGGAUCCACCGAUACUCUCAGAAGUGCCUCCUCCACUGAGUUCACCACAACCGCCCGAAGUGACAAAUCCGGCACAGGAAUUAUCUCAGGAUCGACAAGAUCGAUCAACUUCCUACAAAGGGCCAACAAGGAAAACACCGAUUGGGAGCAAACAAUUUUGCAAGUGACAAAAGAAUCAGAAAGAAGAAAGAGGUCCAACCAAACAAACGGUCUAAGUUUCCUGCAAAAAAAAGAAAUGAAUCCAUUCCCAUUUGUCGACACCAUGAUAAAUGAAAGAAAUAAAAACGUGACUAAAGAAAAAUAUGGAUAUUUUAACAGACCAUACAACAUGUAUGUUAAUAAAACAAACAUAUUUAGAAACUUCAACGUCAUAAUGAAAAUUGUGCAUACCAUAAUUUCGUUAAACAAAUUUUCUGUUGUUUCUCCGGUGGAGAUAAUCAAAAAGGGGAUCAGCAUUAUGAAGAGGAAAAAUAAAUUUAUAAAGAGCCACCAUUUGAAUCCAUUUAUCAACAAAAUGCUUCUCGACAUUAACGAAGCGGUGCAGAAGAUUAAGUCAAAUUGCGAAAAAGGAUUUAUAGGAUCCGGAACGGAUAUAAUAUCGCUAUACAGAAUAGUAGAGUUUCAGCUAUUCAACCAAUUUUUAAUUUAUCCACCAAUGAAAAGAUUGAGAGACAAGGAACUCCGUUAUGUGUUAGAAGUUAUUAACCAAGGUUAUGCUUUCCACAUAAUGAAGGUAAAAUCCAUGUUAAAGAGAGAACUUGUCAUGAAGGAAAAAAUUGUGCGUCUUCUAGACACAUUUAACGAGUACAGGAAUUUAUUUGACGAUACAGCCAUAGAUCGACUAGUGCAGAUGUUCCUAGAAUCACUAGAUUGUAAAGAUAUAAAAUGCUUCGACCUCCUCUUCAACAGCUUCAUUACACAUCGUUACAAUAACAUAAUAAUGCAGCUAACGAAUAAAAGUGAAACAUUUAAUGUACUAGGAGAAAUAUUUAAAAACCCCACAGCAUUGACGGACGUACGCGUACAGGUACAUGAAACUUAUAUCGAACCAUCCAGAAGACAAAAUGUCUAUGAAAACUUUCAGCUAGAAAGUGAUGUUGUUUUAUACCCCAAAUUGACAUAUAAUGAAUUACUAUUCAGUUCACUUGAAUUAUCUAAAAAAAUAGAAAUAUGGAAUUCUAUGUAUACAUUAUUUAACAUAAGACAUAUAUAUGUCAAUAUUGGUUACCUUCUCCUCGGCGUUAAGCAUCGUAUUAAGCGGUCCUACAGGGUUUUCCUUCACACUUAUAGUUUCCUUGGAUGGCUCAGGAAGAAUAAGAAGGAUGAAAUAUACAUUCCAUGA